GCUUCUGUUGAUCGCGGCGUGUGUUUGGUAUUGGCACGCCUGUGCGUUCAUGUAGAACAGGAAUAUUGAACCAUUUUUAACACUUCAUUUUGGGAGUUUCCUGCUGAAGUUUCUACCAAAAAACCUACAACUAGAUAGUCAAUGGCCAGCCAGUUUGGAGGAGUGGAUAUCUGGAAAUGAGGGAGAGGUAGACAUUGACAUAAGCGAAUGGUAUCGAUACUGAUAUCAGCCUAUGUGAUCUACAUCUUGGAGGAAAUAAAUAAUUGUUACUGAUUCGUGCAUUUGACCAUCUACGUUCAAUUAACCUCCAUGAAUUGAGAGUCAACUGGAUCGAUAAAAAGGGAAUACCAUUGAAAAAGUUCAAAGCGUUGAAGGUACAACAGCAGAUUUGACAACUGAUUGGAAGUAAAAGUGUUUUUUUACGACGGAUAUGACUGUAAACUCUAAUCAGGGUUAAUCAACUCUUUACGUGUGAGUUUUGACAGUCAACAAUUCUAUUUCCAUCAAAUAGCAUUACGCAAAUGACAACCAGGAAAAGGCACCGAUCAGUUGAUUGUUUAUUUCUCUGAUUAGCUCUAUGGAUAGGGAGCAUGGUGGAUCGGAUGAGGGGCUAGGGAACGUCUCAUCAAGCAGCGAUGACAGCAAUAUCAACGACCUCCGACAUCUCAUCUACGACCAAGAAAGGCGAUGCGCCAGCCCCGUCAUCGGUGUCUCAACAUUGAUGCCGUCAAGACUUCUCCCCUCGAUCACGGAAUCGAUGGCGGACGACGAAGCCUCGAACGUCAGCACGAACACCAGUCCUGGUGGGCUGCGUUUGAGGUCCAACCAUGGCGCAACCAGGAGCGUGAAUGGUGAAAAUGGGAUUCCAAUGAAUGAUCUCAGCAGCGAUGUCGGCUAUCAGCAACCGUCGGCGAUGUCGGUCUCCACCACGGUGUUCACCGACAGCCGUCCAGAGCGCUCGCGGAAAGUCAUCUCCAACUCGAAAUUCGAUUUUAGACAGAAGAACAGACAAUCGUUUGCCAAUUUUCGAAACGCCGGGACGUACCCGGAAUCUAAAGGUGAUGAAGGUUGGAAGGUGAACCAGGGCUUCGAUGAUCCGGCUGAUGAUGAAGAGUUACGAAAGGUCAAGAAGACGAAGGAAGGGUUCUUUCAUGAGUUCAAAUCUAAGAUUCAGAAAACAACCAAGAACAACAGGUUGAAUAAAGUCUAUUCACCUUUGCUGAUUGUAAACUUGACGGAAGCUGUUCGGAGUGGUGACCUUAAAGAUCUGAGAAACCUUCUCGAUGAGAAUAUUUCAUUCAAUGUGAAUAAACUCGACAAGAACAACUUGGCCUUACUCCAUCACGCCUCCAUCAACAAUCGGGAUUUUAUCGCCAGGGAAUUGCUUAGCAGAGGAGCAGAUGUUGAUGUGACUGAGCUUGACAUAAAGGCAACCCCACUCCAUGCUGCUGCUCGUAUGAACAGUGCCGACGUCGCCCACGUACUCCUAGCACGAUGCGCUGAUGUCAAUAAAAGAACCACUGGUGGUAUGACACCGCUCCACAUCAGUGCGAGGAGAGGACAUGUUGAGAUUACGAAGAUUCUGGUGACGCUUGGAAAGGCAGACGUUAGUGCCAUUGAUAAUGACGAAUGUACGCCUCUACAUUUAGCUGCUACGAAUGGAAGUAUGGGCGUAUGCAAGUUACUCGUUGAGCACGGAGCCUACAUCAGAGCGAAAGAUGCUAACUAUUACACACCUUUGAUGAGAGCAGUGAUGAACGGACAUGUCGACCUCAUUGAUAUGUUCCUUGAAACAGCUAAAAAGACGUGUAUACCAGUGGGUGAUUAUCUGAUGGAUGAAGAUAAUGAGAGCAAUACAUCUUUACACCUUGCUGUCUCCAAGAGAAGGACAGAGGUAAUCCAACGACUACUAGACAACGGGGUUGAUGUGAACGUUAGAAAGAAGAAUGGGAUGACCCCGAUCCACAUUGCGGCAAUGAACGGCGCUACGACCACGGUUAUGCAGCUGAUCGAGAACGGAGCCGACAUCGACAUGAAGGAUAAUGAAGGCAUGACGCCACUGCACAGGGCCACUGUUUAUAACCGUGUGGAGACCAUGGCCGUGCUCAUCCACGAAGGAGCCGUGGUCGAUGAUAUCGAUAAUAACAGCUUUACGCCUCUUCUCUGCGCUGCGUGGAAAGGUCAUACACCGGCAGGAGAGCUUCUUCUUACCAGAGGCGCGCAGGUGUUUGUAUUCGACGUGCACCACAAGUCACCCUUACAUUGGGCUGCGGAGAUGGAUCAUCCAAACUUUCUAGAAUUUCUUCUCAAACAUGGCGGUUAUGGCUUACUCAAUUUAACUGAUCAUUACGAUCAAACACCACUUCAUUACGCAGCCGAAGCUGGUAAUGUGGAUAUGAUAAAACUACUGCUCAAAUACGAAGCUCAAGGUGAAGUUCGCGAUGUCCUUGGAAAGUCACCAGUCCACAUCGCAGCUCAAGCGGGUUAUGUUGCCUGCGUGGAGGAACUCUUGGACCACACCCCAAUGCUUCUCAAUGAUGACGAUGGCGACGGCAUGACGCCACUUCUUACCAGUUGUUUCUUCGGGCGCCAUGACCUGGUCCGUCAGCUCUUGAAGAUGGGUGCAGACAUUACUAACGUCAAUGACGAACAUAGGACUGCACUGAUGUUAGCAGCUGUCAACAACCAUGUGGAAACAAUGAGUAUCCUUAUUGAACACAACUGUGACAUCCACGCCAUUGAUAAAGACAAGAACAACGCUCUUCACGUGUGUUGUGAUGCUGGUCAUAUAGCAGCAGCUAACUUGUUAAUCCGAGCUGGAGCUGACCAAUCAGCAUCAAACAACGAAGGUUUCACCCCUCUUGAGCUAGCCAUUGAAAGAGAACAGGGAGAGAUUGCUGCGGCUAUCAUCAAAAGCAAAGACUGGAGGAUUGCGAUGCAGAGUAAGGAUGAAAUGAUGAUCUCGCCGAUGAAAUCCCUCAUCGAAAAGCUUCCCGACGUCGCCCUCCUGGUCAUGGACCGAUGCGUUCACAAGACAUACAAGAACCCUCAUUGCCCGUCCUAUCACGUGAAAUACGAGUAUCAGUACAUUGACCCUGGACCGGACGAUGAGUCUACAAAAUCAAAUGGUUAUAGAUACUUCGCCAUCAGGACCAUGUGCCAAUACGGACGAGAGAAACUCCUUGGUCACGAAUUAUGUCAAAGCAUCCUCAAAAGAAAAUGGGUUAGAUUUGGUCGUGUGUUCUAUUACCUUGAUCUUUUCUUCUACGUCAUGUUCCUGGCUUUGAUGACGACAUACACCAUCAUCGCCCCAAUUCCUCCGGAGUUUUAUCAGUACCUUAUAUACUCAGAGACGGACAUCAACUGCCCCUAUUUCAACCUGACUGCAGCCCCGUUUAUAUCGGAGUACUACUUCUUAGACAAGUCGACUGAUCACUUCUACUUCAUUGACGGUACUCCCUAUAUGAUAUCUUACAUGGUGUUAGCCUACUGCCUGUCUGUUAUCGUUGGAGAAUUGGGAGAAAUUUAUGUCGUGCGGCUGAAAUAUUUCACGGACCUGUCGAACGCCAUUGACUGGGUGAACCUGGUGACAGCGAUGGUAUUUGUCUAUCCACCGGGGAGGAAACUCUGCUAUCGUAAUUGGACUGCUGGAAUCAUGUCCAUCUUCUUCUCCUGGAUGAAGUUCAUCCUCUAUUUCAAGGGUUUCAAGACAACCGGUCUUUAUGUGCUGAUGUUUAUGGAGACUCUUAAAUCUUUACUCAAGGCUAUGUCGGUGUACGUCAUGUUUGUAGUCGCAUUUUCAGUUACCUUCCAGAUGUGCCUCUUCCAGGUGUACCGAUUUUCGACCAGUGAGCAGUCUUUCCUGACAGUCAUAACGAUGAUGUUGGGCGAAUUUAAUAAGGACGAUAUCUUCAACGCCGAUCAAUCCCUUGCACCAUACGGUGUUAUGGUGUACGUGCUGUUCAUGACCUUUCUCUUCCUUAUGCCUAUGGUCCUCAACAAUCUGACGAUUGGUAUUGCUGUUGGAGAUAUCGAGGGUAUUCAGAAGAAGGCGUUCAUAAAGAGAAAUUCUAUUCAGGCGGAUUACGUCUAUCAUUUGGAAGGAAAGUUUCCCCUGUGGCUUCAACGGUUGCUCUAUCAACCAGAUUUCAUUGUGAAGGUUACCAAGAACAGACCAAAAUAUCUCUCAUGGUUCUUUCCCAAGGAAGACGCGGCAUUUGUAGAGACAGAUGACAAAUCCGAACCAAGAAAUUCAGAACAUGUACUGGAAGAGUUACAGCGACAUAAAGCAGCAUUGUCGUCUUUGAAGCUGAUGAUGAAGCAGCAAGGUGAUAUCUUGAGACGGAUGGCAGAUAAGGACGGUGUCCAAUCCCGCUUACAGGACUUCGAAGCCCUGGACGAACUGUACGAUGAUCCCCCGGCCGAUGAGGAUGAUAAAAAUGACCCGACUUCGUCUGUUGCGUAGUUGAUGAAAAAUGAAGAGAGAGAGAUAGAAAGAGGGAAGGGAGGAGGAGGAGGAGGAGGAAGAAGAAGAAAAGGAGAAGGGUAUAGUGUCAGGAUAAUGAAUUUGCUCAUCGACAUGAUUGAGAUUUAUAAUCAUAUUCUUUUUCUCAGUUUUUCUAAAAUAGAAAUGAAGUUUGUGAACGUACCUCCGAAUUAAGAAUUACACAAAUUGCUUGGGAAUCUUUCAUCACAUCGCAGAAAGAACAUCUUUGUAAACCUAGAAACUAAAUCAUCGUCAAAUCUGUUUCAUAGAUAUGCAUCGAUAGGCCUUUCACAGUGACUUUUGUUUAAUGACGUAAUUGGCUUUUGACUUUGUAAUACCAGAUUUUAGUGCACUUUGCCAAGGUUGACAUUGGUUAAUUUAUACGGAUCAUGCUUUGUCUAAUCAAGUCCAUAUUCGAGAUGUAAAGCGUGCAUUAUAUUUCAUGGGGUUGCAGCGCCAUUUUGUCAGUG